UGUCCCAGCCCUGCCCAGAAUGUCCAGCACCUUGCCCUGUGGGAAAGUCCUAAACGUAUCUGUCCUCUUCGCUCCUCCCAGAAUGUCCCAGUCCUGCCCUGUGAGAAGGUCUAACGUAUCUCUCCUCUCUCUCCUCCAGACUGUAUCUAAUCUAACCCAAACCCUGCCCUGUGGGAAGGCUCUCUAUUCCUACGAGGGGAAGGAACCUGGAGACCUGCAGUUUGUUAAAGGGGACAUCAUCCCUGCGACGUAAAGUUGACGACAACUGGUACCACGGGGAGCUGAACAGUUGUCAUGGUUUCCUGCCAGCUAGUUACAUUGCGUUGUUACGGCCGCUGAGCCAAACUCCGCCCACAGGAAAGGCCCUGUACGACUUUGAGGUCAAAGACAAAGACCAGGACAAAGACUGUCUGGCCUUCUCGAAGGUACACACACACACAUUCACGCACGCACGCACACACAAACCUACACACACAAAUACACGCUGACUCGCUGUAAUCCACUGUGUGUGCAUCUAUGAGUAUGUUUACAUGGAGACUGAUCAAAUACAAUUUUAUUUUAUUGGUCGCGUACACAUAUUUUGCAGAUGUUAUUGCAGGUGCAGCGAAAUGCUUAUGUUUCUAGCUCCAACAGUACAGUAAUACCUAACAAAACAAAACACACAUAAUCCUAAAAAGAAAAAGAAAGAAUUUAAGACAUAUAAGAACGAGUAUUGUCCGAGUCCGGAAUAUAAAUAUACACUAUAUAUAAAAAAGUAUGUGGACACCCCUUCAAAUUAGUGGAUUCGGCUAUUUCAGCCACACCCGUUGCUGACAGGUGUAUAAAAUCGAGCACACCACCAUGCAAUCUCCAUAAACAAACAUUGGCAGUAGUAUGGCCUUACUGAAGAACUCAUUGACUUUCAACGUGGCACCGUCAUAGGAUGCCACCUUUCCAACAAGUCAGUUUGUCAAGUUUCUGCCCUGCUAGAGCUGCCCCGGUCAACUGUAAGUGCUGUUAUUGUGAAGUGGAAACAUCUAGGACCAACAACGGCUCAGCCGAGAAGUGGUAGGCUCACAGAAGGGACCGCCGAGUGCUGAAGUGCGUAGUACGUAAAAAUCGUCUGUCCUCGGUUGCAACUCUCACUACCGAGUUCCAAACUGCCUCUGGAAGUAACAUCAGCACAAGAACUGUUCGUCAGUAGCUUCAUGAAAUGGGUUUUCAUGGCCGAGCAGCCGCACACAAGCCUAAGAUCACCAUGUGCAAUGCCAAGCGUCGGCUGGAGUGGUGUAAAGCUCGACACCAUUGGACUCUGGAGCAGUGGAAACACGUUCUCUGGAGUGAUGAAUUACGCUUCACCAUCUGGCAGUCCAAUGGAUGAAUCUGGGUUUGGCGGAUGCCAGGAGAGAACGCUACCUUCCCCAAUGCAUAGUGCCAACUGUAAAGUUUGGUGGAGGAGGAAUAAUGGUCUGGGGCAGUUUUUUAUUGUUCGGGCUAGGCCCCUUCGUUCCAGUGAAGGGAAAUCUUAACGCUACAGCAACCAAUGACAUUCUAGACAAUUCUGUGCUUCGAACUUUGUGGCAACAGUUUGGGGAAGGCCCCUUUCCUGUUUCAGCAUGACAAUGCCCCUUUCACAAAGCGAGGUCCUAACAGAAAUGGAUUGUCGAGAUCGGUGUGGAAGAACUUGACUGGCCUGCACAGAGCCUCAUCGAACACCUUUGGGAUGAAUUGGAACGCAGACUGCGAGCCAGGCCUAAUCACCCAACAUCAGUGCCCGACCUCACUAAUGCUCUUGUGGCUGAAUGGAAGCAAGUCCCCGCAGCAAUGUUCCAUCAUCUAGUGGAAAGCCUUCCCAGAAGAGUGGAGACUGUUAUAGCAGCAAACAGGGGACCAACUCCAUAUUAAUGCCCAUGAUUUUGGAAUUAGAUGUUUGAUGAGCAGGUGUCCACAUACCUUUGGUCGUGUAGUGUAUCAAUACACUGAUUUAAACACCAGUUUUUUAUUUUAUUAUUAGGACAUGGAAACAGCUUAAACGGAGUUGAUCUGCGUAUGUGCCAGCACCAGCAGCAAAAGCCUCCCUCUUGUGCACGAGUGAAGUGAGUUCGGAAAAACUGAAAGUAUGUGUCUUAGAAAUAGUUUUCACAUACAAACGUUAUACAGUACCAGUCAAAAGUUUGAACACACCUACUCAUUCCAGGGUUUUUCUUUAUUUUUACUAUUUUUUACAUUGUAGAAUAAUAGUGAAGACAUCAAAACUAUGAAAUAAUACAUAUGGAAUCAUGUAUUAACCAAACAAGUGUUAAACAAAUCAAAAUAUAUUUGAGAUUUGAGAUUCUUAAAAUAGCUACCCUUUGCCUUGAUGACAGCUUUGCACACUCUUGGCAUUCUCUCAACCAGCUUCACCUGGAAUGCUUUUCCAACAGUCUUGAAGGAGUUCCCACAUAUGCUGAGCACGUGUUGGCUGCUUUUCCUUCACUCAGGGGUCCAACUCAUCCCAAACCAUCUCAAUUGGGUUGAGGUCAGGGGAUUGUGGAGGCCAGGUCAUCUUGAUUCAGCACUCCAUCACUCUCCUUCUUGGUAAAAUAGCCCUUACACAGCCUGGAGGUGUGUUGGGUCAUUGUCCUGUUGAAAAACAAAUGAUAGUCCCACUAAGCACAAACCAGAUGGGAUGGCGUAUCACUGCAGAAUGCUGUGGUAGCCAUGCUGGUUAAGUGUGCCUUGAAUUCUAAAUAAAUCACACACAGUGUCACCAGCAAAGCACCCCCACAUCAUAAUACCUCCUCCUCCAUGCUUUACGGUGGGAAAGACACGGCGGUUGGAACCAAAAAUCUCCAAUUUGGACUCCAGACCAAAGGACACAUUUCCACCGGUCUAAUGUCCAUUGCUCGUGUUUCUUGGCCCAAGCAAGUCUCUUCUUCUUAUUGGUGUCCUUUAGUAGUGGUUAUUUGGGCUGCAAUUUCUGAGGCUGGUAACUCUAAUGAGAGGUAACUCUGGGUCUUCCAUUCCUGUGGCAGUCCUCAUGAGAGCCAGUUUCAUCAUAGCGCUUGAUGGUUUUUGCGACUGCACUUGAAGAAACGUUCAAAGUUCUUGACAUUUUCCGUAUUGACUGACCUUCAUGUCUUAAGGUAAUGAUGUACUGUUGUUUCUCUUUGCUUAUUUGAGCUGUUCUUGCCAUAAUAUGGACUUGGUCAUUUACCAAAUAGGGCUAUCUUCUGUAUACCCCCCCCCCCCCCCACCUUGUCACAACACAACUGAUUGGCUCAAACGCAUUAAGAAGGAAAGAAAUUCCACAAAUUAACUUUUAAGAAGGUACACCUGAAAUGCAUUCCAGGUAACAACCUCAUGAAGCUGGUUGAGAGAAUGCCAAGAGUGUGCAAAGCUGUCAUCAAGGCAAAGGGUGGCUAUUUGAAGAAUCUCAAAUCUCAAAUAUAUUUAGAUUAGUUUAACAAUUUUUUGGUUACUACAUGAUUCCAUAUGGGUUUUUCAUAGUUUUGAUGUGUUCACUAUUAUUCUACAAUGUAAAAAAUUGUAAAAAUAAAGAAAAACCCUUGAAUGAGUAGGUGUGUCCAAACUUUUGACUGGUAGGGUAUGUCCGAACUCAGAAUCAUAUAGGCUUCGCAAAAAUAACAUGGUAGAACGUUUAUUUUCAUUCGAUUUUCUGCAUUUAUCAAAGGGCCAUCAGGUAGCCUGAUUUCAGAUGUGUCCAUGUAAACAGAAUUAUUCGGGAAAUCGUUCUUCUUGCAAAGCUUGUAAACGUUUAAAUCGAAUUAUUAUAUUAAUCUGACUAUUCACAGUAAUCGUAUUAUUGUCUGCAUGUAACUGUAUUCUAUGAUACCCCACUGGAUGCUUUGUGUUUAUCUAAGCACUCUACCUUCUCCUCCGUCUAUCUUUCUACCUCUCUAUCUGAAUAUAGUUUUUCUCCUCCUGUGUGGGAGAGCGAGAGAGAUACUCUCUCUUUCUCUCCCCCACCCCCCUUCUCCAGCACAGUGUUUGUGAUAAACAGUGAUUUGUAUUCCCUCUGCUUCUCUCCUCUUCAAAGCUCAUAAUUUGUUCAUGCUGUUACACACACUCUAGGUGAGGACACUGGCAAAUGGAACAUAUCUCCUUCUCUCUCUCAUUCUGUGUGUGUGUGUGUGUGUGUUCCUUAGCAGCACCUGGCCUCAAACACUCUCUCAGGAUGGGGCUAAAGGAAAGAGGGCCAAGUCAGGACAGAGAGACACAGACACACACUUUCUUUUCGCACACACAGACACACACAGAAUCACAGCUGCAGUUCCCUAGCUAAAUGACUAAAUGGAAGGAUGGGCUGAAAUUCGGGGGGGGGAGACGGAGAGGAGACGGAGAGGGAGUGAAUGAGUGAAGGAGAGCAGCAUGUAAGCCUGCAUGUAACAGGGCCAGUGGGUCCCUCUCUUACUGUUUCUCUUUCUCCCUCUCUCUUUCUCUCUCUCCCUCUCCUUCUUUCCCUCUGUGAUGAUGAGGAAUGAGUAGAGACAGUGGUAUCAUUAGGUCAGGGGGAGAGGCAGAAAGAACGAGGGGGACAGGGAGAGUUAGAGAGGGAGAGGGGAGAUAGUGGGGGAGAGAGGGAGAAAGAGUGAGAGAAAGAGAGACGCACACAUAUGGUGAUUUUAAUGCAGGGAAACUGAAAUCAGUUUUACCUCAUUUUUACCAGCAUGUCACCACCAACUAGAGGCAACAAAACUCUAGAUCACCCUCGCCCUCCCUUUGGCAAAUCUGACCAUAGAGAGAGAUAGAUAUGAAUAGAAGCUUCAUUCCUGUAAACCACUGUCUGUCUCUCUGUCCAAUAGGAUGAGGUUCUGACGGUGAUCAGACGAGUGGAUGACAACUGGGCAGAGGGCAUGCUGGGAGAUAAGAUUGGGAUCUUCCCCAUCCUCUAUGUAGAGGUAACAACAAACACACACACAGGGGGUCUUAUUAGAUAGGGAUACAUCAAUAAUUAAGAGUCUUCCAUCACUUUGACUCGGCAGGGGAGGGUGUGUAUGCGCGCGUGUGUGUUGUGUUGGGGGGAGGUUAGGGUUAGUAGGGGGGAGGACAUAAUGAGGGUGUCCCAGCUGGAGGCGAGUGGAGCGUUGGGGGAGAGAGGAAGGAGCUCUCUCCUCUCUCCUUGUCUCCUAUGGUGGUGUGGCUGUGCACAGUUACCCCUUCAUACCUUUAACACUAGGAGAGCCGAGAGCGUCAUGUGGACGAUAAAACAAAUUCACUUGUUUAAUUACUCCUCCAUUUUUAAAGGCAUGUCCCCCCCGUCCUUGACUUUUCCUAAAUAAGUCUAUAUAACACACUGUCGUUGUUAGAAUCUUAAUAUCACAAAUUGAAGGAGGACAUGUCGGUUUCCCCCUGCUGCCCUUCCUACUCCCGACAGUUGAAGGUGCCCUGCCCAGUUGAUAAUCACCCCAAUAAUUGCCAUGAAAUAGCAUAUAUGAAAUGUAUUUAUUAGACUGUUAGAAUGUUGACGUCCAAACACACACAAAUACACACACUGUAUGGUACAGUGAGCACAGCGCUGCUCAGAUGAAAGAUGAUCACAGAGAGCAAAAACAUACAAUGUGAAGGAUGGUUCUGCCUCAGGGAACAGCGCACACAGACACACACACACACACACACACACAAACUCUCACACCUUUUCUGCCGAGGAAAAGGUGAAGGCCCUUGUGAAUAGUGUAAAGAGACAGUCACAUAUUCAGGUGUAUUGUGUAUACUGUGGGAAAGUGUGCAUGAGAUGGAGAGAGGAAAAAACUAUAUUUGGAUGAAGUUAUUCACUGUCUGUCUGUGUCUGAGUGUGUAUUUGACCUUCAUAGAGAAAGAGUGUGUGUGCGUCUCCAUUCGUCCCCUGAGAGUGAUGCCGUCAGUGCAGAAUCAAUCUAUCAGGCUCAUUAGUAUAUGGUCUGAUUAGCAUAUCUAUUAAUAUGGAGAUGGCGGCAUCUCACACACUGAGACAGAUCCACUCUGUCCUGCCCUCUACAGUCUAUACACACACAUGCAUGUAUGAACACACACACACACGCACUGUUCUCUCCAGGGAAUCCUCUCCAACAAAGGAGUGUGUUUUCAGCGGAGGUGAUAUUGAUGUACAUUAAUGUAGCAGUAGCAUCCCCUGAGUUCAACAUGGUGAUAAUGUGUGUGUGUGUGUGUGUGUGUGUGUGUGUGGACUGAGAGGACCUGCUCUCUCUGUGUUGUGACUGUGACUGUGAGACUGAGCAUCCGUCUGUGAGAGAGCGUGAGUAGUGUUGUUGCUGGGUAGAUUCAGUGUGUGGUGGUUAUCUGACUAGCAGGAACAAGAUGUACUAUCAUCCUGUCAGAUAUGAGCUGCAUUACAAACGUUGUUCUCUCCUCCUCCUCUUUCUCUAAGUACAUAGAUACUCCCCAGGGUGUGUGGUGUGUGUGAUCUUUUUUGUCUGGUUUGAAGUUCUGCCAACAAGAGAAGGCAUGCUCUGAGCGCCAGCAGUGUGUAAUAAAGCAGUCUAAAGCAAUUCAAUUCAAGGAUUUGGAUCUCAUCCUUUCCUCUCCUCUCGUCUUGCCUCCUUUCCUCUCCUCUCCUAUCCUCUCGUCUCCUUUCCUCUCGUCUCCUCCUCACUUUAGCUAAAUGAAACAGCCAAACAGUUGAUGGAGAUUGACAAGCCGACAUCCAAUCCCGUCCCUGGCCUCAGCUUUGACCCGUCUCCUGGCCUCCCAUUGGGUCCCUGCUCCCCUGGCCCCUCCCCUAACCCAUCCUCUGCAGAAAGCGCCAAUGGUGCCCUCCAGAGGCAAGAGGAGGAGAGGAGAGGAGGAGAGGGGAAGAAAAACGCUAAGAAGCGCCACUCGUUCACAGCUCUGAGUGUGACGCAGCGGACAGCCCAGCUCAACAACAGACACAGCAUGGAGAUCUCCCACCCUGUACUCAUCAGCUCCUCUGACCCCAGGGCUGCUGCACGCAUACAGGACUCUCCCCCCGGUCCCUCUCCCUCCUCAGUAGCAGUUCUAGUUCCUCCCAGAGUGGCUUCAGUCACCUCAGAACUGCUGGCUCAAGCCAAGGUCCAACUACCACUCAACAUGUAAGUUUACUCAUCACACAGGCAUGGUUCACUAACUGAUAAAUCUAUAGGUAAAUGAGUUGACUAACAAUGCUGUCUGUUUUCUCUGAGCUGUUGUCCUGCCUAUAUGGUGAGACAGAAGCUGAAUGGAAUAUAGGGAUUCUGUUGCAUCUACUCCCAUAUCUCCCUGGACGUGCGUGCACACACAAAAACACACACUAUCCAGAGCGGGUUGUCCCGCUAAUGAGGUCGGACACUUCCAUCUCCGACCCGGCAACCUGCCCUGUUGCUAUGGGGAAAAUGUCCCGCAGUUACCAUAGUAACCCAGAGGCAGAGCAUGGAGACCUUGUUUACUCUCCCCUCCUAUUAUUCUUCAGACAUAUUCAGACAUGCACUAUAUAUAUACAAAAGUAUGUGGACACCCCUUCAAAUUUGUGGAUUCGGCUAUUUCAGCCACACCCAUUGCUGACAGGUUUAUAAAAUCGAGCACACCGCCAUGCAAUCUCCAUAGACAAACAUUGGCAGUAGAAUGGCCUUACUGAAGAGCUCAGUGACUUUCAACGUGGCACCGUCAUAGGAUGCCACCUUUCCAACAAGUCAGUUUGUCAAGUUUCUGCCCUGCUAGAGCUGCCCCGGUCAACUGUAAGUGCUGUUAUUGAGAAGUGGAAACGUCUAGGAGCAACAACGGCUCAGCCGCAAAGUGGUAGGCCACACAAGCUCACAGAAUUGGACCGCCAAGUGCUGAAGCACGUAGCGCGUAAAAGUUGUCUGUCCUCAGUUGCAACACUCACUACCGAGUUCCAAACUUCCUCUGGAAGCAACGUCAGCACAAUAAAUGUUCGUCGGGAGACAGUAGCACAUACAUGAAAUGGGUUUCCAUGGCCGAGCAGCUGCACACAAGCCUAAGAUCACCAUGUGCAAUGCCAAGCGUCAGCUGGAGUGGUGUAAAGCUCGUCGCCAUCGGACUCUGGAGCAGUGGAAACGCAUUCUCUGGAGUGAUGAAUCACGCUUCACCAUCUGGCAGUCCGACAGAUGAAUCUGGGUUUGGCGGAUGCCAGGAGAACGCUACCUGCCCCAAUGCAUAGUGCCAACUGUAAAGUGUGGUGGAGGAAAAAUAAUGGUCUGGGGCUGUUUUUCAUGGUUCAGGCUCCUUAGUUCCAGUGAAGGGAAAUCUUAACGCUACAGCAUACAAUGACAUUCUAGACAAUUCUGUGCUUCCAACUUUGUGGCAACAGUUUGGGCAAGGCCCUUUCCUGUUUCAGCAUGACAAUGACCCCGUGCACAAAGCGAGGUCCAUACAGAAGUGGUUUAUCGAGAUCGGUGUGGAAGAACUUGACUGGCCUGCACAGAGCCCUGACCUCAACCCCAUCGAACACCUUUGGGAUGAAUUGGAACGCCCACUGUAAGCCAGGCCUAAUUGUCCAACAUCAGUGCCCACCCUCACUAAUGCUCUUGUGGCUGAAUGGAAGCAAGUCCCCGCAGCAAUGUUCCAACAUCUAGUGGAAAGCCUUCCCCGAAGAGUGGAGGCUGUUAUAGCAACAAAGGGGGGACCAACUACAUAUUAAUGCCCAUGGUUUUGGAAUGAGAUGUUCGACGAGCAGGUGUUCACAUACUUUUGGUCGUAUAGUGUAUAUUCAGACAUGUACAUUCAUAUAUCAAACAUAUAUUCAGUAGUACCUUCCAACAGUAUUUAGACAGUGAAUUUAAAAAUUUUUUUUAGUUCUUUACUCCAGCAAAUUGGAUAUGAGAUCAAAUAAUGUACAUGAGGCAUGCACAGAAUCUCACCUUUUCUGUGGUUGUAUUUUAUUACAUAGUUGUUUGUCCAUAUUAAAAAAAUACCACUCAUUUGUUCAGUCAUGUGAUCCUAAAUGAUGUCUCUGUGUAUCCCAGCUACCUGGCCCUGUAUGCGUAUAAGCCCCAGAAGGCAGAUGAGUUGGAGCUGAGGAAAGGAGAGAUGUACCGCGUCACAGAGAAGUGUCAGGACGGGUGGUUUAAAGGAACCUCACUACGCACCGCUGCUUCAGGAGUCUUCCCUGGAAACUAUGUAACACCCGUGUCCAGGUGAGACACACACAGGCACGGAUGCACGCACACACACACACAUUUUCUCACACAAAUACUAUUUCUUUCUCCCUCUCACACAAACUUUCUCACACACACCCUUUCAAACACAUAACUCUGUUUGCGUGACAGGCGGUCGAUAAGCAGCAUGUAGAUGGUAGUAUAAUAGGGGAUAUCAAUAGUAUCUUGGUCACUAUUCUAACAGGACUGGAACUUGCUCUCCACCUCUCCCAACCCCUCCUCGCACUCUCUCUCUCUCUAUCUCUCUCUCUCUCUCUCUCUCACUCUCUCUCUCUCUGCAGAGCUCCGUUUGCGGUGGGUGGUUCUCGGGGCUCCUGUCUCUCGGGGCAGGAGGUGGGAGGGGUGGGACAGGGGAGUAAGGCAGCCUCCCCCUCCUCCGCUGGCCCCUCCUCUUCUCGUCCCUCUCCUCCUCCCUCUUCCCCCCAAUCUGCCGCUGCUCAGCUGAAGAACUGCCUUCGCUCCGGACAACAAACAGUUAACCAGACCCGCUCUGCCAUGCAACUGGGUGAGGACACACACAGAGGUUCUAGAUCUGUAAUUUUCUACAUUUGAUCCAGCUCUCUUAUAUCUGGCCUCUCUCUCCCUCCUUGCCUCUCUCCUUCCUUCCCUCUCUCUGUCAGGGAGAACAUGUGAUGGUAAUUAAAGUUUCUCCUGCGGAGCCUCUCUCUUUCUCUUUGUCUCUCACACACACACACACACACACACACACACACACACACACACACACACACACACACACACACACACACACACACACACACACCUGUUAUCCAUUACAAAAGAAAAUAUGGCCAUAGGUAGGCUAUGGUAGUUUGGUCACAUGUCUCGUGUGUGCCUCUCCUAUUGACUGUCAGCCUAGCUGUUAGGGCGUUGGGGCAGUAACUGAAAGGUUGCUGGUUCGAAUACCCGAGCCGACAAGGUGAAAAAUCAGAAGGCACUUAACCCUAACUUUCUCAGGGGAGCCAAACUACUAUGGCUAACCCUGCAAAACAACACAUUUCACUGCACCUAUCUAGUGUGACAAUUUAAAAAAUAUAUAUAAUAUGAUGACAGCACAAACAGGAAGCAGAUGGUGUCUUGUAACAGUAAGAUGGCUACUGUGUGCUGUGUAAUAGUAUGUAACAGUAUGUAAUGUGUGUGUUCAGCCCACAGCCCACCCUCCAGCAGCCCAGAGCGUCCCACAGCGGCUGUCUCUCCUCUCCGACCUCAGAACUCUUCCCCGUCGCGCUCCGCUGGCCAAUUGGCUCGCCCGAUGUCCAUGUUGUCCCCCGGCCCUUCCCCCCUCUCCUGCCUCUCCUCACCUCUCAUCCCCCUUUCCUCCCCUCUCUCCUGCCUCACCCCUCCCAACGCCAGUGCCGCCCUGCUCAACGGAGAAUCAACCAAUCCCUUCCAACCGUCCUCGCCUGGCACCUCCCACAGCAACGCCCCAAAACCAGAGAAGGUGAGUCUCUCUUCAUCUGCCCUCUCAUCUCUUCUCUCUCUCCUUGCUCUCUCUCUUACCAUCUCCCUCUCUCGCCCAACACUACCUCCCUUUAUCUAAACUCACAGCAGAGUCUGUCUCCCACAUCACACUGCCUUAAAAUCCCUCAACAUGAUGCCAUAGUCAGGAGGAUAUCGUUAGGGAAUAUUAAAAGCAUAGCUAGGGGAAGUGGUGUUGAGGGGAAGUGGCUUGCACCUGGACAUGGUGCAGAAUCCUCCAACGACAGACAGACAGACUAUCAGUGUGACAGGGCCGUCUCUUCAUCUUGAUGUGUGUAUUAAAGCUGAGUCCAUGGUGACAGUGAUGGAUGGUAGAGUUGUCUGUGAGAGAGAAGCCUAUCUGCUCUGGUGUUGACUGGCUUCACAGACACUAGAUGAGACAGUUGGUGACAAUAGGACAAAUAGACUAGGGAACGACCAUGAUAAACAGUCAUUGACUACGAGCUGUGAUGGAUCAACUAUAAUAUUCAGUUUCAUAGCAUUUAACUAUGGAGGACUAAAAGUGCCACAAUUAAAUAAAUAAAUACACCAUUAAAUAAUUACUUAAAUGUGUCAUUAAUUAAUUAAAAUUAGAAUUAAAUACAUAAAUGUGUUAUUAAAUGUGUCAUUAAUUAAUUCAAAUACCGAUUCAUUUUAUGUAAAAUACAUAUAUAAUAAUUUCACUAUUUACAUUUACAUUUCAUGGUCCUGCGUUGGAGUGCUUCCUGAAUUACUUAAAACUGUCAAACUGACCCAUCAAAAGUUGGUAGGCGGAACCUAACGCCUGAUUGGUUACCCUCUGCAUCAAGCCAAGACAAAUCAAUUCCGGAUAAUGUCAGCAGGUCCUGCUUCUACAUCAUCUGCUAAGUUUAAAAUGUCUCUAACCAACUCCCUGGAAAGUUCACGGAGAUCCUCCAUUGUCUCUAUCCAGGUUGGCCUACUCUACUUCAGACCAAAGCAAUGGAUCAGACUAGAUUCGCGUUAGCCCCGCCCACUGACUUUGAUGGGUCAGUUUGACAGUUUUAAGUAAUUCAUGAAUCACUGCAAUGCAGGAUCAUGAAAUGUAAAUGUAAAUAGUGAAAUAAUUAUAUAUGUAUUUUACAUAAAAUGAAUCGGUAUUUGAAUUAAUUAAUGAUACAUUUAAUUACACAUUUAUGUAUUUAAUUCUAAUUUGAAUUAAUUAAUGACACAUUUAAGUAAUUAUUUAAUGGUGUAUUUAUUUAUUUAAUUGUGGCACUUUUAGUCCUCCAUAUUUAACCUCCUAGCUUUCCUAACCAUUUUAAUUCCCCACAUGCAUUGGCUUAUUAUGUGUUGGAGUUUGCUGUCUGAUUGAGUUAGAGGUUUGUGGUGUGUGUGUGUGUGUGCGCGCCUGUGUGUGUGUGCGUGUGUAUCGAGGCCUGCUGUGCUGUCAGACAGAUGCUUCCAUGCUGAUUAUGAGCUGAUAAUUGGCUCUGACUCACAUCUCAACCCCAAAGAUGCACACGCACUCACACACACAUACACACACACUGAGACUAAAGUUCCCCCUGACACAUCGAGACUAAACUAUCUGCUGUAUAUGUGCUGCUCUCUGGUGGCUGGUCAGAGAACUACACUCAGAUCUCAAAAAGAUACUGUAUUGGCCAACUGGAGGUGUCAUUAUUACAUCAGGUAGAUACUGCUGGUUAACCGUCUCUGAGACCAGGAGGGAUACUGCCAGAAAAAUAAAACAGAUAGUCUGUAGAAGAGACUGCAAAUGUUUUCAUCCCCUUCUCUCCUGUGUCUUGUUAUCUGUGUCCACAGAAGGAGAAGAAAGGAGGUCUGCUAAAGCUUCUCUCUGGAGCCGCGGCCAAGAAAAAGGCAUCUCAUUCUCCCCCGUCCUCCCCACCAACCCUCCCGUUGUCGGGUGCCGUCCUCCCACAUCACACCCGCUCUGGCUCCUGUCCAAUGGAGGCCCAGGGGCGUGCUGGGUCUUGUCCAAUCGAGAGUGAGAUGGCCGGGGCAAUGGGGUUAGAGACGCUGAACAGGAAGUCAGGAUCCCUCGAUCUCAACUUCCCCCGGUCGCCCCCGACGACCCGCCCCGGAAACGCACUGCUAGCCCUCCGGCCUGAACCCAAACCACUGUCCAGAGAGAGGUAUACACAUACUGUAGCUACUCACACUCUUAUACACACACCCUGUCCAGAGAGAGGUAUACACAUACUGUAGCUACUCACAUAGCCGCGAGAAGUAGGGGUGCUGAGGGUGCUGCAGCACUCCCUGACAAAAUCAGAAUAAAAAUAAUAUAUACAUUAAAAUACUUUUCACCAAAGUAGUGCACUGGGCCUUUACUAGUCCAGUAUUAGAGGACCAAUAUAGCCGUCUGUAGCGCAGGCAGAAAUGUUUUAUUCUGCCCCUCUGUCACCCCCGUCAGCGAAAACUACACAGCACCCCCAAACGAUUUCCCGCGUCUAUGGCUACACACCCUCAUACACCCUCAAACAUCACUGAGAUAUGCUGCAUUCUACGACUCUACGCCACUGCAGCACAAGAAAUACCUGAGCCCCGAUCAUCAUUAUUCUCCUAUCCCCAUCGGUGUGUGUGUGUGUGUGUGUGUGUGUGUGUGUUUGUGCACAAUGUGUGUCAGAGCUAAUAGUGACCUCUUUUUUCUCUGAGAGCAACCGCGUCACACAGAUGCAGAUGCACGCACACCCACACACACACACACACACACACACAAACACUCUCACACCGCCACCUCACACACAAACAUAAAAACACACACUGCUCCGACCUCAUGUUUCAAGCACAUGAUGGUGAAUGAUGGUGACCUGAGUAGCAGCAUAUAUCACCUCCUAGUGUGUGUGUGUGUGUGUGUGUGUGUGUGUGUGUGUGUUGAUGGUGUGCAUGUGUUCGAAUAUGAGUUACAAUGCAUCCCCAUUGGGCAAAAUCUGGUUGAAUCAACGUUGUUGCCACGUAAAUUCAACAAGAAAUGUUUUAUGUGAUGACGUUGAAUCAAUGUGGAAAACUGAUUGGAUUGGCAGGUAGCUUAGUGGUUAAGAGCGUUGUGUCAGUAACCGAAAGGUCGCAGGUUCUAAUCCCCGAGCCGACUAGGUGAAAAAUCUGUCGAUGUGCCCUUGAGCAAGGCACUUAACCCUAAUUGCUCCUGUAAGUCGCUCUGGAUAAGAGCGUCUGCUAAAUGACUAAAAUGUAAACUACAAAAUACCUUAAAGAUCAUUGUAUCCAAAUAAAAUAUAAGAUACUUUUGCAAAGUAUUGUGUAUUUAAUUAAAUACAUGUAUUUUGUAUUUGAAAAUAAAUGUGCAAGUAGCCGGCCGAACAGCAACAACAUUCUCAGUAAUGGUUACAGAAACGUUUUACUUGCUAUGACUGUGAUAUGUCGUUGUUUAUCUACCUUAGUUGAAUGUGCGCUGUCACUCUGGAUAAGAGCGUCCUGCUAAAUGACCAAAAUGUAAAAUGUACAGUAUACAGUGGGGGAAAAAAGUAUUUAGUCAGCCACCAAUUGUGCAAGUUCUCCCACUUAAAAAGAUGAGAGAGGCCUGUCAUUUUCAUCAUAGGUACACGUCAACUAUGACAGACAAAUUGAGAUUUUUUUUCUCCAGAAAAUCACACUGUAGGAUUUUUAAUGAAUUUAUUUGCAAAUUAUGUUGGAAAAUAAGUAUUUGGUCACCUACAAACAAGCAAGAUUUCUGGCUCUCACAGACCUGUAACUUCUUCUUUAAGAGGCUCCUCUGUCCUCCACUCGUUACCUGUAUUAAUGGCACCUGUUUGAACUUGUUAUCAGUAUAAAAGACACCUGUCCACAACCUCAAACAGUCACACUCCAAACUCCACUAUGGCCAGUACCAAAGAGCUGUCAAAGGACACCAGAAACAAAAUUGUAGACCUGCACCAGGCUGGGAAGACUGAAUCUGCAAUAGGUAAGCAGCUUGGUUUGAAGAAAUCAACUGUGGGAGCAAUUAUUAGGAAAUGGAAGACAUACAAGACCACUGAUAAUCUCCCUCGAUCUGGGGCUCCACGCAAGAUCUCACCCCGUGGGGUCAAAAUGAUCACAAGAACGGUGAGCAAAAAUCCCAGAACCACACGGGGGGACCUAGUGAAUGACCUGCAGAGAGCUGGGACCAAAGUAACAAAGCCUACCAUCAGUAACACACUACACCGCCAGGAACUCAAAUCCUGCAGUGCGAGACGUGUCCCCUUGCUUAAGCCACUACAUGUCCAGGCCCGUCUGAAGUUUGCUAGAGUGCAUUUGGAUGAUCCAGAAGAGGAUUGGGAGAAUGUCAUGUGGUCAGAUGAAACCAAAAUAGAACUUUUUGGUAAAAACUCAACUUGUCGUGUUUGGAGGACAAAGAAUGCUGAGUUGCAUCCAAAGAACACCAUACCUACUGUGAAGCAUGGGGGUGGAAACAUCAUGCUUUGGGGCUGUUUUUCUGCAAAGGGACCAGGACGACUGAUCCGUGUAAAGGAAAGAAUGAAUGGGGCCAUGUAUCAUGAGAUUUUGAGUGAAAACCUCCUUCCAUCAGUAAGGGCAUUGAAGAUGAAACGUGGCUGGGUCUUUCAGCAUGACAAUGAUCCCAAACACACCGCCCGGGCAACGAAGGAGUGGCUUCGUAAGAAGCAUUUCAAGGUCCUGGAGUGGCCUAGCCAGUCUCCAGAUCUCAACCCCAUAGAAAAUCUUUGGAGGGAGUUGAAAGUCUGUGUUGCCCAGCGACAGCCCCAAAACAUCACUGCUCUAGAGGAGAUCUGCAUGGAGGAAUGGGCCAAAAUACCAGCAACAGUGUGUGAAAACCUUGUGAAGACUUACAGAAAACGUUUGACCUGUGUCAUUGCCAACAAAGGGUAUAUAACAAAGUAUUGAGAAACAUUUGUUAUUGACCAAAUACUUAUUUUCCACCAUAAUUUGCAAAUAAAUUCAUUAAAAAUCCUACAAUGUGAUUUUCUGGAGGAAAAAAAUCUAAUUUUGUCUGUCGUAGUUGACGUGUACCUAUGAUGAAAAUUACAGGCCUCUCUCAUCUUUUUAAGUGGGAGAACUUGCACAAUUGGUGGCUGACUAAAUACUUUUUUUCCCCACUGUAUGUGAAAAUGAACAACUGCAAAGCACACUAGGUCUUGUCAUUGGCCUUCUUUCGGGGCGGAGCUCAUAAGAGUAAUACUGAGAAUGCUUUGCAAUUGUUCAUUUUUACAUAUACAUUUAGUUCAUUUAGCAGACUCUCUUAUCACACCAUAGUGCCAUCAGACUUCUGAUACCAAUGUAGGGUGAAAGUAUUUUGAAAAGUAUUUUGUAACUACAAAUUACAGCUUUCGAAACUAUCUUGUUACAAAAUACAUUGUAGUGUAGUUCAGCCCAGUGUAAUACAAAUUACAAAAUACUCAGAAGUAAUUUAAAUACAUAUUUCAAAAACAUGUAACAGAAAUACUGCCCAUCUCUGCCAACCUUUAACCUAAAUCCAAUGUCAUGGUGAAAUGUUUUGUUGAUUUCACAUUUAAUUCAAGUUAGUUGAUAACUCAACCAAAUGUACAUAAAUCAAAAAUAGAGUCGUGCCCAGUGGGUCAUUAUUCAUAACUCCCUCUCCCUCCCUCCCUAGGUAUCGCGUGGUGGUGCCCUACCCCCCUCAGAGCGAGGCGGAGAUCGAGCUGAGACAGGGAGACGUGGUGUUUGUUCAUAAGAAGAGAGAAGAUGGCUGGUAUAAAGGAACUCUGCAGAGGACUGGACGCACUGGCCUCUUCCCCGGCAGC